AGUGCAUCUUUCUCUCUUCUACAGAGUCAUUAGUUCAGAGAGGUCAGUUGAGGCCAUGAGAGCGAGAGACGGAGACGCAGAGACACGAUGGUUGAAUUCAGACGGAUUAAUACGACUUUAGUGGUGAUACUGCUGCUUCAGUUUACAGCAGUCACUGGACAAACUUCCCUCUCCCUCACUGUCAGAGCUGGACAUAGUGUCACUUUGCUGUGUGAAAAUGUGAUAAAACAUCAGGACAAAUGUAACAGUACUGCCUGGAUCUACAGUCGUGAUGGGAGAACAGCAAAAGAGCUGAUUAAUCUUGGGCAGAUAAGUGCACAUGUGAUUUCCAAAGCUGAAGCAGACAGACUGAGUGUUACAGAAGAAUGUUCUCUGGUCGUAACAAAUAUCACACGUGAGGAUGCUGGUCGUUACAUCUGCAGACAGUACAGAUCAGGAGGAAAACAAAAAGGUCCAGACUUUCAGGUUCUUCUGUCUGUUAUUGAUAUGACUCAAGAUAAACAAAAUGAUAAUGUCACCUUGUUCUGCGCUGUGUCAACAUACAAAGAGUGUAACCACACAGUGAAGUGGCUGUACGAGGGUAAUCAGAAUGACGUGGAGAUAACACCAUUAGCCUGUUUAUCCGGGGUGAGAUUUGCUCCUCAUCUUGAUCAAAAGUCGCUGAAGUGUAACGUGACAGAUACUAAGACUGGAGAAACUCUGCUGUGUGAUGCUGGACCCCAGUCCUCGUGUCAGAAAACGGGAAGCACACCAGCAGGGAGAAAUGAUCCCCCAGGACAAGUUCCAGAUUGGUUGAGGUUCAUCAUCGUGUCUGUCGGUUUAGCACCGCUCAUAAUAAUUGUGGUGACGGUCACGAUAUGGACGAGAGCUAAAGGGAACAGAGCACAGACGGAUGAUAAUGCAGUGCAUAAUGAUGAAGAUGAAGGUGUAGUGACCUAUGAAAACGUUGGAGAACCUUCUGCUUCCAUCAGACUCCACUGAUCAACAAGUUCAACAUCAAAACAAACUCGUAAAGAAAAGUAAAGAAACUUAGGUAGUUUCCUAUUUGUUGUAAAAAGUAAGUCUAAAUUGGCUUCAACUUUAAAAGCAAAAAAUUACGUUUUUUACAAACUUUUUAUUUACAUUUCUUUCUCUGGGUUUAAAUUAACUUUAAGUCUCUUAAAAAUAAUUGAUAGUUAAAUAAUCUGCGAAAAAAACUUGCCAAAAACUUGCGAUAUAAUCAAGAGUAGUUCCUUAAAUGUUGAAAAACGUCAGAUUAAAGGUCCCAUGUCAUGCUUUUCUGGUUAUUACCCGUCCCCUUGUGUUAUGAAGGUUUUUCU